AUGAGCUUCGGUGCUCCCGGAGGCGGGGCGACCAAUAUCAAGCCCACUCCCGCGGUAGCUUUCCUCUUGACCACGAAGGUAAGGGAGUCCUCUCAGGCCGAAGGCGGCCCCUCUGAACGAAAGACAAUCAGCGCUAAGAGUGUGUCCCAAUUGACAGGAGAAUGCAAGCACAUCAUCGCGGGCUACCUGAAAUGCAUCAAGUCCAACAAAGGCACCAAUGAUGAGGCGUGUCGCAAAUUGGCGAAGGAUUACCUUGCCUGCCGCAUGGACAAGUAG